UAAUUUAUAAACAUAUUUGGUUCUUCAUCAAUUUAUCGAUUUACAUAGGUAAAAAACUCUACUAAAUAUUAACAACAUGAAAUGAACUACCGACUAUAGUUACAAACUUUAAACUACGCUGGGUUGUUAUUCAAUGAUUAAAUUGUUACCAAUUUAAAGGAAAAUAUUUGGCUUGUGAGGAGCAAUUUUAUUCUCACCACCAUUAAAUGUCUCACAACCAAGGGAGAGAUGCAAAAUAGAGAAUUUUUAUAAAAAUUAAUGAGUUGUCAAUUUUUAAGGAUGGCAGGACAAGAUUUGGUUCAGGUAAAGAGCCAAAUAUUUUUCCAAUUUAAAGCUACAAAGAAUUAAUUGUUACAAAUUCAAAUUUGGAGAUGAAAUCAUUACUUGAAACUAUAGCAACGGGAAUCAAAAGUGUUUUCUGACCUAAAUUAAAUCAUUUUUCUUCAAUAUUUCCAUAACUAAGGCCAAAUAAAUGGAUUUUAGAUAUUUUUCUGGUCCAAUUCGAGGUUGAAUUCCCUUUCAAUCCAAGCUGUGGAAGAAAACAGGAACCAGUUUCAAAGAGAGGAUCUUUAAUGCACCAGUGCCUGCCCUUUUGCUGUUAUUAUUGAAAGAACAGAAUGUCUAUGGCUCUAUGAUUGGAGUUGUGGGUUGAGUUGGGCUUGGUAUUUAAAGAGCAAUAAAUAGGUGUAAUAAAUGAAAAAGGUUCAAACAUGGAGGUAGCUGAAUCAAGUCACAGUUACUAAACAGCUCUGCCACUUUUGCACAGUAUCUCAGCAGCUGGAGCAGACAGAUUUUCAAAAAAGUUCCUUCCAAAAAAUUGUUAAAGAGUUCAUCAUCUUUCCACUUUUUUUUUUUUUUUUACUAUUUGAGUUCUAAUCCAAGCAGUUGCGUCAAGGCCAAGAAAAUGGCACCAAAUGCCAAGGAGGACAUCAAAUGGAGUGGCAACAAAAUGGAAGGUUGUGAAGUUUUGAAAACAAUGGAGUGCCUAAGAAGAAGAUUACUAGCAGAGAGGCAAGCAUCAUUUCUUGCUAAAGAGAAGGCAGAGCUGAUGGAAAAAAGGUCAAAAGAAUUAGAGAAGCAGAUCACAGAACAGAUUCAUAUGAGAACAAAAGCAGAAAAGAAGCUUAAAUUACUGAGGAAAAAGCUCGAAUCACUUAACCUUCCUUCCACGACGGUGAAAUCAGAGCCUUCAGUUUCGUCGGAAAUCUGCGAUGGAGAACAGCCGAAAACCCUAAUCACAGCUUCGUCUCUCCCGAGCAACGCCCAGGCCACCGGUGAAAUUUCUCAUUCGGAAGAAGCUAAUCCAAAUGCUCGAGGUUGUGCCGCCCCGAGCUCAUCUGCUUCUGAAAUUUGCUGCGACAAAGUUUCGAAAGCGAAGAUCGAAAAUGGUGGAGAUGAGUUCGUUUCAACGGGCGAUUCACCGGCAGUUGUUGCCGUAAACUCGCCGGAAAAUUCGAAAACCGGCGAGUGGAAGCCGGCGAUCACUGAAGGGAUUAUCGAAGUUCUGAAUGAUCUAAAGCACGCCAGAGAGAGAAUUCAGAGCUCGAUGGAGAUUAGUGAACUCAACAUGAUUAAAGUUAGCCCAGUUUGAAGUUGAACUGGGCCUGAUAUAAGCCCAUUAGACCGAAUAGAUUUUUGGUUAUGUAGCUGGGCCUGAUAGAAGCCCAUUAGAUCCCACUCACAUAACGACAAAAUUGAUAACCCAAUACAGGCCGAAAAUGAAUUUGGUUAUUAUUUUAACUUUUAUAUA